UGCGCCGGCGAGACAGAGAGACGGCGGACGUCUCUGCCACAGUCUCGGAACAGACCUACAUGCUCCCGGUGCCGGGUUGGGGACAGACAGGAGAGAGGGUACUGAUGCCGGCGGAGGACAGGUUUCUCCGCCUUGGGGCUCGAUCCGCUACUUGUUCCAUCCUGAGGACUCGGGUCCUGGGACACUGAUUGGCUCCUGAGAAGCACCCUCUUUCUACUUCUUCCGCUCCCCAUCUCUUCCCCUCUCUCUCUCUCUCUCCUUUCCAUCUUACUUCACCUCUCUCCUCUUCCCCCUCUCUCCCCUUUAUAUCCCUGUCACCUCUCUCUCCCUCCAUCUUCUCUAACAUUGAUACCCACUCUCCACGUUACCCUCAAUUUUGCUAUUUUACCCUCUCUCCCUCCUGCUGGGUGCUCUUCCAGAAAGACCAGCGAUGCAGUUUGAACUCCAGCUUGUGAUCUUCAUCUAUGUUCGGCUCCAAGAGUCUUUUUCACUGCAGCACCGAGACUCUCUCCCGUACUCUGAUAACCUCACGGAACUGCCGGAGAAGAAUUCCACACAACUGUCCCGUGAUCCAGUCAGAAUCCCUGCACAAAGAGGAGUCUCCGAGUGUUUCCGGGUGAAUGGAGCCGAUUACCGGGGCGACCAGGACCAGACGUCUGUCGAGAACGGGAAGCGGUGCUUGUACUGGAACGAAACGCGCCAGCACGCUUACAACACGCGUGUGUACCCCAACGGGGAAUGGGGGCUGGGGAAUCAUAACUACUGCCGGAACCCGGACGGUGAUGUGCAGCCGUGGUGUUACAUCUCGGAGAGCGAGGAAGGCAUUUACUGGAAGUACUGCAACAUCCCCAGCUGUACAAUGCCAGGUUACGUGGGCUGCUUCGUGGACACCGGGAGCCCGGCGACGCUGAGCGGCAGCAGCGGCACCUCCACUAAACUCACGGUCCAGGUCUGCGUCCGGUUCUGCCGCAGGAAGGGCUACGAGCUGGCAGGACUGGAGGCCGGGUACGCCUGUUUCUGCGGUAGCAGGGCGGACCUGCGCGGACAGAGACGGACCAGCCUGCUGGAAUGUAACCAGGUCUGCUUCGGACAGUCCAGCCAGCUGUGUGGCGGCGACGGGCGUCUCGGGGUCUACGAGGUGUCCGUAGGGUCAUGCGGGGGAGAUCUGCGCUCCCGCUCUGGGGUAAUCUACUCCCCGGAAUACCCGGAUACCUACAAGCCAGACUCGGAGUGUUUCUGGGACCUGCGGCCACCGGGCGCCCAGGCCAUCGAGCUGGACAUCCGGCUGUUCGAGCUGCGAGAAGGGGGCGACCAACUGGAAGUGCGGGAGGGGCGGACGGGCCGGCUGCUGGCCACCUUCGUGGGGGGAGGCUCCCCCCUGGGAACCCACCGCUUCCACACCGGCUGGAUCCGGCUCCGGUUCCUCUCCAACUCCGUCCAUGAGGGACAGGGAUUCGCACUGGUCUACCGAGGUCUGGAGAACGAUGACGUCAGAACAUUGACGGAGGCUCCGAGAUCCUUCUCCAUGGAGACCGAGGGGUUAGAGACCGGACGCUCGAACAGGAUGAUGACUGGAAUAGCAGCUUGGGCCUUGUACACAGCCGUCACUCUAACAGGCAUCAUUGUCCUCGUCACAGUGUGUCAUCUGCACAAGAGCACCUGCACUCGAAUUCAGCAGAAGAUGGCGUUGGGUCUCUGGACAUUGAGAAGGCAGUCGGAUCUUGGCACUGGCCACACUCCCAAAGGCUGGGCAGUCACCUACAAGCAUUCAAGAGUGGUCCUUGUGGGGCCCUCCACAGCCCAGAGUGUGGGGGCUGAUUUGGCCUGUCUGGACACCCUCUCCAGCUCCUCUCUCAAAUCCCUCCUCAACAGCAACUAGAUGCCCCCUCUCUUCCCUCCAGGACAUUGAUAUCUACGGUACCCCAUUAUCUCCCUCCCCUUCCACUCUCCCGUCUCCUCCACUGUGGGAGAAACACUCCAAGCUGCCUCCCCACCCGAGAGAGGUCUGUGACAGAGAGAGGCACACAGAGUGUCUCGCAGAGGUCUCAGUGGAGGGGAGGGAAGAGGAGAGUGUUCUGGAGCCAGGGUGGGUGGGGGAAAACUCCUGUGGUGGGGAGAGGUUUGGAGAGAGAGGUUGAUGCCAUUUGGCCCUAGAGCAUCAGAGGCCGUGGAGGUGGAGGGUAUUGAUGUGGUGCAAAUGGAGGACCUUGCGAGAGGCACGGUCACAUCGAGGACGUGCGUACCUGUGACCUGCUGUUCUCUGAUAAAGAUCCAAAAUCAGACAUUGCAUCAAAUGUACAACGUUCUAAACCCGAAUCUGAAUCAGGUUUAACUUCACAGGCGUAUGUCGUGGGAUGUGUUAUUUUGCGGCAGCAGUACAUGAAGAUUAAAAAAACCCUAUAAAUUACAAUAAGAAAUUAAAUUAAAAAUAGGUAGUGCAAAAAUGAGAAGAUAAAGUAAUAGUGAUUUAGUGUUCAUGGGUUCCUUAUCCAUUCAGAAAUCUGAUGGUGGAGGGGAAGAAGCUGUCCCUGUCUUUCUCCAUGGUGGUGGUAAUGAAAAGAGGGCACAUUGUGGGUGAUGGGGUCCUUAAUGACGGAUGCCACCUUUCUGAGGCAUCACCUUUUGAAGACGUACUCAGUGCUGGGGAGGCUGGUGCCCAUAAUGGAGCUGUCUUGAGCUUACAACUCUCUGCAGCAAUUUCCGAUCCUGUGUAGUGGCCCCUCCAACUAGACGGUGGUGGAACAACAACAAUCAAACACAAGUCAGGUAGAAAUGUUACAAUAAAGAAUACCAUUAGAACUAGUCCACCCAAGAGUGAAGUGGUCACAGUGUUGCUGUACUGAGGUACUGAUGGCGGUUAUGCCGGGUGGUUCAAGAACCAGAUGAUUGAAAGGAGGUUGCUGCUCUUAUCCUGAUGGUGUGGAACUUCGGGCUUCUGUAGAUGGGAGCUGUGAGAAGAUGGCAUGGCCUGGGUGUUACACGAGCAAAGCGGUGGACAAACCCAGGUGCAGAACACGGGUGCGGAGGCAGAAUCAGGAGGCGCUCUUGAUGUAGCCAGCGUGGAAUCGGUAUCCAGGAACGAUGCUGGACUUAGAACAGGCAGUCCUAAGAGCCGUGAAAUGAGGUUACUGACGCCGGAGUCGACCAACAAACUGGCAGCUCCUUGUUGUGAUCACAGGGUCUUUAUCCUGCAUUUUCUGAUGGAAAGCAGGUGUGUGUAGUUAGUGGAACCUGGGAAUGAUUGGAAACUAAACAAGGGGAUUGAGGCCCAAAUCCUGAGGAAAAUAGCCAGGUGGGGGAUUGCCAGAAGGGACCGUGACACUGAUGGUGGGGAUCUUUGAUAAUGGACAUUGGUGCUUUCUGUUUAAGCUUAUGAAGUUUACUUUGAGAGGGUCAGGGAUUCUGUGAUACUUGUAUUAAUUAAAUGGACACCAGAUUUGAGGUAAUCGCGGGGUCCUAGUUUUGGGAAUGUUUCUUCUCGUUGUGUCACUUGGCCAAGGCACCGAUGUUCUUCUGGAAUUAUUAUGAAUAAGCUGCUGCUUCCUGAGGCUUCGCUGUAAAUACUGACGGUGGGGAGGGGAUGCACCCAUUACUCUCUGCAGCUUCUUACACUUCUGCAUGUUUCAAUUGCUGUGCAGACCGUGAAGCCACCAGGACACUUCCAACAGUGCAGCUUGUUAGAGUUCGGUGAUAAACCAGGCCUCCUCAACCUCCUCGGCAGUAGGCUAGAUCAUCAGGGACUUUUUCUGUGCGGUCAGAGUAUCAACCACAAGAGGGAAUUCAGUGGAUAGUGUGCUUCCUCAUUGCCCAGCAGGGCAGAUGGUAGAACAUCAGGGCCCUGGGGUUUGUUGUAGAACAGAGAGACCCAGGGUACAAGUGCGUGGUUUCCUGAAAGUGAAGUCACUGGAAAGGGGAAGAAGGUGUCUGGCUCACUGGCCUUCACCGUUUGGAGCAUUGAGUACAGUGGUUGGGAUGUCCCGUUACAGCGAUACAUCAGUGAGGAAUAGUAUGUGCCGUUCGGGUCACCCAGCAAUAUGAAGGUGGAGAGGGUGGAAGAAAAAUUCACCAGGACAUUCCCGGGGCUGGAAGGCUUGAGUUGUAAGGGGAGACUGUGCAGUCUCGGCCUGUUUUCCCUGGAGCAAAGGGAACUGGAGGGGUGACCUGACAGAGGUUUAUAAAAUCAUGAGGGGUGUAGAUGAGGAGGGUGGUCAUUUUCUUUUUUUCUCUCUCUCCCCCUCUCACCCCAUUCCUCUCUCUGUCCCCCUCCCCCUCUAUCUCUGUCCCUCUUCCAGAAGAGGGGAGUCCAAAACUAGGGGGAAUGCUUUUUAAUACUUUAAUACUUUAUUGUCGCCAAACAAUUGCUACUAGAGCAUACAAUCAAAACAGCAAUAUUUGGUUCUGUGCUUCGUGCUCCCUGGAGUACAAAUCGAUAGUAAGUAUAAUAAAAAAUUAUAAAUCAUAAAUAAAAAAUAGAAAAGGGAGAGUAAGGUAGUGCAAAAAAACCGAGAGACAGGUCCGGAUAUUUGGAAGGUACGGCCCAGAUCCGGGUCAGGAUCCGUUCAGCAGUCUUAUCACGGUUGGAAAGAAGCUGUUCCCAAAUCUGGCCGCAUGAAUCUUUAAGCUCCUGAACCUCCUCCCGGAGGGAAGAAGGACAAAAAUGUGUUGGCUGUGUGCGUCGUGUCCUUGGUUAUCCUGGCAGCACUGCUCUGACAGCGUGCGGUGCAAAGUGAGUCCAAGGACGGAAGAUUGGUUUGUGUGACGGUCUGGGCUGAGUUCACGUGAAUAGGUUUAAAAAGGCAGAUUGUUCCCACAGAGGGUGCUGGGGAUAUGAAAUUAGCUGCCAGAGGGAGAGGUAGGCUGUGGGUUUAGGGAGAGAGGAAGGUGAUUUAAAGGGGGACCUGAGGGGUGAGAUAUUUCAUACCAAGUGUGAGUGACAUUUGAAAUGAGCUGCCACAGGAGGUGGUGGAAUCUGAUGCAGUCACUGCACUUGUAAUGAGCUCUUCGGGCCUGUGUGGGGCGCAGGAGAGCUUUAGGCGCCGAGGCUUUUCGAGCACCUGAAUUGGUUAAUCGUUUAGAGUUCAUUGUGUUUUUCUCAAGCGAUUCGCUCUUUGUAACGUGCUGUCCUGGUGCUUUCUGUUUAAGCUUAAAUUUAUUUUGAUAGGCUUGGGGAGUCUCUGUUACUUGUAUCAUUUAAGCAGACGCCCAAUUAGCGCCAAUCAUGGGGUCCUCACUUUGAGAAUGUUUAUUGUCGCGGUGUCGCUUGGCUGAGCCAAAUUUCUUUUGAAUUAUUAUGAAUAAACUCUUGCCACUGUCUCUACAACGGAGUCCGUCUUUCCUCCGCCUAUGGGUUCUGAUAUUGUCAGCGCACAUCGUGACAGCGUUUAAGAGGCAUUUAGACAGAAACAGCACGUAGAAGGGUAGAGUCGGAAAACUGGUG